GAGGCCUGGAGUUCGACACCCCUGAGUUAGAGGAUCAUUGGGGGUCCAUUGUCCCUAUUGGGGGGACAGUGGACCUUAGAACUGAAUAAGCUUCUUGGAUGAGAGGUGAAACGUCUUGAAGCAAUUUAAAGAAUUCCAGAUGCUUUUCUUUCCAAGCUCCUUAGACUCCGGUGUAGACGCAGCUCUUAAUUUUUUGUCAGCUUCAAAGUGACCAACUGAAGAGACUACCAAUAAGAAAGAUGAAGAGAGAAGCUGAACAUGAAUGGUUGUGCCUGUCCAGGAUGUGCCCUGCUUCUUGGCCUAAGAUGCCGGGGAUUGGCUUCAACUCCCCUGUGACCCUGAACUGAAUAAGCAGUUAAGAAAAUGGAUGUACAUUUUAUACUUUGUCAAAAAUCACUGUGACAUUUUAGCACUCAGGAACACAUUUCACUUUUGAUCUGAUACUUUAGUAAGUUGGGAAGUGUUUGCUACCUACAAUAUAUUAUAUAAGUCUGACAGACGAUUCAUACUGCAGUAUGAAUCGUUGGUGGAAGGUGUGCAACCUGAAGGCUGUAAUAUUAGUGUCUAUUUCUGUCCUACUUUUUUUCAAAUCUAAUUUCCUUGUGUGACUUUCAGUUACUAAAUGUGUGAAACCUAACAAAAACUGGCACUGCAUCUACUGCUCUCAGCCACAAACAGCAGCACUACUGUUUAAUGUUUCAGCAAUAUAGACGACUUAUUUGUGACAGUCAGCUUUAUCCACAGAGACACAUUUUUCUGUCUUUUUUUUCUGCCCCUCACGUCUCCCCCUAUUCCCUCCGUUUCUCCAUUCAUCGUGUAAUUGGAUGGAUUAUGACUAAUGCCAAAUCCUCCAGCUGUUUUCGGGUCAUCAAGCAGCUUUUACAUGGAUUAUAAAUAACUUAAUAUGUUUGUAUUGGAUGCCUGCAUGUUUGUGUGCGUUCAGUCAGAAUUGCACGUUCGUUUGCCUUUUGAUCUGUCAAAUUGGGUAAGACGCUGCCAGAUUUGGAUAUCUAUCCCAAAUCUGUUCUUUAUCGAAGCGAAGCGUCAAACCAGGUAUUUGAACAAAUCAGCUGCUUGUAAUGUUGGUAACAGGCACAUGCUCAUCUCAACACUCAAAGAGAACAUUAAAGUUGGCUUAAGUUGUUAGGAGAAAGUUUAUUGAUGUUGACAACCAUAAUCAGAGUUUAUUAAUUGAUCGGGGACAUUCGCGUCUUAGACAACACAAUCCCCAAAAUGACCAAUUGAUGUGCAUCACAUUCUCUUUUUCACAUAUCUCAGAAGUUUUACAUCUGAGAUCUGGGUUUUGCCUUUUCUUUUUUUUGUUCUGUGGCUUUGUACCCACACAUCCUACACGCGCGCACACACACACACUGAACACAGUUCGCUGACAGCUUUGUGCUAACAAACCCUCCACACCACACACUCCUCAGAGAGCACGAUUACAGAGUGAGAAGAAGCUGCCCUCCCUAACAAAAGGAUGCAGACACGAGUGCAGAGCAAGAUGAAAGCUUCUCGGUUGGCAUGGCAACCACCCGAUCAUCUGCCGCACGGCGAGGUUGGAUGUUUGACGUGUCGAUGGUGCAUUCUGGGUUAGAGAGACGGAGGACGAGAGGGAGAGGCCGUGAGCCCUGUGCAGGGUGAUGAUGAGCAGUCAGGGCGGCAGCAGCAGGGGAAGUGGCCAGCAUGCUGCCACUCCGCCCCCUCGUCACACCCCUGGACCCAAGCUGCAGGUCCAGCGUUCCCACUCUCGUGACACCAUCACCAUACACUUCUCUGCUCUGGGGAAAGAGGAAGACGAUGAGGAAGAGGAGCUCUUUGGGAUACCCGCUGGAUCUGUUAAAGACAAGUCUGUCCUCGAUGGUACAGGGGGGCUUCAAGGUCCAGCUUCAGCAGCUGAUGACCGGUGCGUUGCUACAGGCUUGGAAGCAAAAGAGGAACUGCUGUUUGAAUCUGCUGGUGCAGACACCCCCUCGGGACCUGCUGUUCUCCCAGUUUUAUCUACCACCUUAUCUGUGCAGCCCUCAGACCCUCAGCCACACACACACUCUCCUGCUUUGACUAUUAAUCCCACAUCCACCCUCUCCUCCAAUCCUCCUGCCAGCUCCUCCUGGCCGUCUGAACGGCUCCCGGUCAAUCCCUCCCCCGCAAGCUCCAGCUCCUCUUCACCAUGCAAGUCUGCAGCACUGUCAUCCUCCAAGCCUUUUCUUAGUCUGGUUAGGUCUUUGUCCAAUGACGUUGAGUCUCGAGAAACUGUCCCUUCACUUUCCACCGUAGCACCAACCCACGCACGUCAUCGACACUUAAUGAAGUCUUUUGUUAAGUCUCUGUCCACGGACGCUUCCAAGGCUGACCAUUCGGAAGGGCCUCUUCAGCAUCAGCAAAUACAGCCAUCCCAUCGGCCUCCACCUCGCAACAUGCAACUCUUCAAACAGUUCUCCCAACCCCGUUUAUCCUCCAGUCCCGUCAUUGUCACUCAAGCAGGUGGAGACUCUAAAACAGCCCCCUCCUCCCCCAUCAUGUCUCCAGAUGGUAGGUCCUUCUUCAAAGUCCAAGAGGUGGAGGCCAAGAUAGAGGAUACCAAGCGGCGGCUAUCGGAAGUGAUGUCAGACCCUCUGCAGCUUUUUAGUAAGAUAAUGGGGGAUGAGUCUGGUACGGGGUCUGCUGGAAGUGCUGCUUAUCGUGCCAAAUCGCUGUCCUCCAGCGCGUCGGAGCUCAGCGGAGUAACAGCGGUAAAUGGACACGGAGAAGGUGGCAACAACUACAGCAUUAAAGAGGAGGAAGGGGCAGAAGGAGAAGACGAGGAAGAAACCCCCACAGCUAAGGGCCCAGAGUCAGGUUUUUUCUCUUUCCCAUCACUCGCGCCAGCCCUCACCCAGGCCUCAUCUUCUGCCCUCCACAAAUCUCCCUCUCUCACUCUGGGCCGCUGUUCGAUGUCAGCCCUGGUAGCUCGACAGGAAGACGAGGACUUCUGUGAGCUGUACAGCGAAGACUUUGAGUUAUGUACUGACACAGAGACACCAGACGGUGAUCGUUCUGGGUCCCGGCAACCCCAUACUGGUAGCACUGGUUUGUGUAGUGAGCUCGAUCCAGAGGACGAGAGAGCCGAAGAGGAGGCUGAGACCUUACCCGUGACUGGUCUCAUUAUUUUAACACAGUUGGUGUAUUGGUAUUUGGUGCUUCCUGUGCCACCCUGUGUGUGCUCAGUAGUGCACGGGAUAAUAGCGGGGUUCGCGUUGGCGUUGCUUGUGCUUUGGCUGUCAUCCCCUCAGCCCUCCUCAUCAGUGAGCAGAAAAAGGAGGCGAAGGAUAGAGCAAUGGAAUGUGGCCCAGCUGGAUAUUAAGGAACCAGGGAUAUUCAAGGGCUGGAUGAAUGAGAUCCACAGCUAUGACCCGGAGACGUACCACGCCACCCUGACCCACUCCGUUUACGUCCGUCUAGAGGGCUCAGUCCUGCGUCUGUCCAAGCCCAACCGGAACAUCUCCCGUCGUGCCACACACAAUGAGCCUAAACCUGACGUCACUUACAUCAGCCAGAAGAUCUACGACCUGACUGACAGCAAGAUAUACCUGAUGCCUCAGAGCCUGGCUAGGAAGAGAGUUUGGAACAAGAAAUACCCCAUUUGCAUUGAGCUGGCCAAGCAGGAUGACUUCAUGUCCAAGGCCCAGGGAGAGAGGCCUGAAGCUGGGGAAGAAAAAUCGACAGUUCAGAGUGAGAAGGUGGAGAAAACGGACAAGGGUGAGAAGGCAGAAGGAUCGGCGUCAGCAGAGGAACCCAAAAAACCAACCUUUGGAGGCGGGGAUUUGACUAUCUACCUUUUCGGGAGGACGGGUCGGGAAAAGGAAGAGUGGUUCCGUAGAUUUCUUCUAGCAUCCCGAAUGAAAUCAGAGGGAAGAGGUGGCAGUCUGCCUAGCAUCUGCAAGAAUGCCUUCUUACCCUCCCACAGUCGCAGUAGCAGCUUUCAAUCUGUCGGAGGCCUGGAGGCUGACAGCAGGAGCAGCAGCCGGGGAAGCCUGGAGGAGCUGUCUCAGUCUCAGUCUCGUCACAGAGAGACCACCGCCGCUCUCUCCUGUGGCUCUACUGCAGGCUUGAAGCAGAAGAUGCUGUUGGACUAUAAUGUCUACAUGGCCAAAUACGUGAGUCCCCAGGUGCCGCCUAGAAGCCCGACUGCCACUGACAGCGCUGGGAACAGCCCGGAUAGCAGCCCCCAGACUACCAAAAAGCUGCGUAGGAGUUCAGAGGAGACUGCGGAGCCUGAGGCCUGGGUAAAUGCAUUUCUGGGAAGGAUAUUCUGGGACUUCCUGGGAGAGAAAUAUUGGGCCAAUGUAGUCUCCAAAAAGAUCCAAAUGAAGCUCAGUAAGAUCAGGCUGCCAUAUGUUAUGAAUGAGCUGACUCUGACAGAGCUAGACAUGGGCUUCUCCAUUCCUAAGAUCCUCCGUGCCUCCAAACCUUCAGUGGACCACCAAGGUUUGUGGUUUGAUCUGGAGGUCUCCUACACGGGCUCUUUCCUCAUGACGCUGGAGACCAAGAUGAACUUGGCCCGUUUGGGAAAGGAUGGCGAGGGCCUUGGAGAACAGGGAAAAGAUUGGCCACGGACAUACUGUCUGGCAGACAGUGACGAGGAAUCGUCUAGUGCCGGUUCAUCGGACGAGGAGGAUCCUCCAGAACUCCUCAGUGACAAACCUGUUCUGCCUGGAGCAGAGGGUUAUGUGGGAGGCCACAGACCCAGCAAGAUCAUGCGCUUUGUGGACAAGAUAGCCAAGUCGAAGUACUUCCAGAAAGCCACAGAGACGGAGUUCAUCAAGAAGAAGAUGGAGGAAGUAUCCAACACGCCCUUGUUGCUCACCGUAGAGGUGCAAGAGUGCCGCGGGACUCUGGCUGUCAACAUCCCACCUCCCCCCACAGACAGGAUAUGGUAUGGUUUUCGGAGUCCGCCUCACCUGGAGCUCAAAGCACGGCCCAAACUCGGUGAAAGGGAGGUGACGCUGGUGCAUGUAACAGAGUGGAUUGAGAAGAAACUGGAUCAGGAGUUCCAGGUAUACACUGGGAGAAAUAAGCACCGGUGAAAUCUAAUCUUAAGUCAUAAUAAAGUCUACUUAUUGUCCAUUUGCAAGUUCAAUUGUUAAAAACGAGGAAUUGCAUGGUUUUAAAUUUACACUCGCUGGUCACUUCAUUUACUAUACCCGCUGAACUGUUCAUUAUUGCAGAUAUCUAAUCAGCCAAUCACAUGGCAAAACGCAAAUACAUUAAGACAUGUAGGCAUGGUUAAGACAACUUGAUGAAGUUCAAACUGAGCAUCAGAAUGGGGAAGGAAGGUGACGUAAGUGACUUUGAAUGUGGUAUAGUAGUUGAUGCCAGACGGGCUGGUCUGAAUAUUUCAGAAACUGCUGAUCUACUGGGAUUUCCCCACACAGCCGUCUCUAUGGUUUACAGAGAAUGGUCAGAAAAGAAAGAAAAAUAUUCAGUGAGCAGCAGUUGUGUGGGUGAAAAUGCCUUGCCAAUGUAAAAGGUCAGAAGAGAAUGGCUAGACUGUUUUAAGGGCAAGAGUACCUCAAAUAAGCACUCAUUGCACCCAAGAUAUGCAGAAAGGCAUCUCUACAUACAGAUGGACUACAGCAGCAGAAGACCACCCUGGGUGCCAGUGUGGUCAGAUAAGAACAGCAAACUGAGGCUACAAUUUGAAAGAUUUGACAACAGAAGAUUGGAAAAAUGUUACCUGGUCUGACGAUUCUUGAUAUCUGUUGCAAUGAUCAUUAGAAUCAGAAUUUGACAUGGAUCUGUCUUGUGUUGUAUUAAUGAUUCAGGUUUGCGGACUUUGGGCUAGUUCUGGUUCUAGUUGCUGACCACAUCCACCCCUUUGUUACCACAGUGGACCCAUCUUCUGAUGGCUGUUUCCACCAUGUUAACGCACCAUGCCACAAAGCUCAAAUCAUCUUAAAACUGUGUUCUUGAACACACAGUGACCAUGUUCAAAUGGCCUCCAGAGUCACCAGAUCUCAGUUUAAUAGGGAACCUUUUGGAAAUGUUGGAAUGGGAGAUUCUCAUCAUUGAUGUGCAGCCGAUAAAUCUGAAGCAACUGUGUGAUGCUGUGAUGUCAAUAUGGACCAAAGUCUCUGAGGAAUGUUUCCAGCACCUUAUUGAUUCUGUGCCAUGAAUUAAGUUAGCUCUGAAGGUAAAAACCGGGUCCAACUUAGUACUAGCACGGUGUAAUGAAGUGGCUGGUGAGUGUUCAGUUUGAAUUUGACACUCUGUUUGGAACUGAACAAUGGAUUUUAAGUAUUUAGCACAUCCGAAUACACCUUAAAUCAGUGGUGUCCAAACCCAGGCCUCGAGGCUCGGUUUCCUGCAGGUUUUAGAUGUGUCCUUGAUCCAUCACAGCUGAUUUGAAUGGAUAAAUGACCUCCUCAACAUGUCUUGAGGUUCUCCAGAGGCCUGGUAAUGAACU